UGUUUGGAAGAUUUGGAUGACUGCGGGGCGUUCAUCAUAAUAAGGAUGGCGGUUCAAAUGCAGAGUGGAAUCCCGCUCAGUGCGCUUAAUCCAAAGUACCUUCACACCAACUCUACUAGCCACACCUGGCCCUUCAGUGCCAUAGCAGAGCUAAUAGACAAUGCAUACGACCCAGAUGUGAAUGCCAAAAAAUUCUGGAUUGACAAGACAGUUAUCAGAGGUCAAGACUGUCUUACUUUCAUGGAUAAUGGAGCAGGAUUGGAUUAUGACAAGAUGUACAAGAUGCUCAGUUUUGGCUUCAGUGAUAAGAAGGCUAAAAAUGGCCAUGUCCCUGUGGGCCUCUAUGGCAAUGGAUUUAAAUCUGGCUCCAUGCGUUUGGGAAAGGACGCCAUUGUGCUCUCUAAGAAGGAGGAGUCCAUGUGUGUGGGCCUGCUGUCCCAGACGUACCUUCAUAAGAUUCAAGCAGAGAACGUCAUUGUGCCCAUUGUCUCAUUCAAACAUAUUGGACAGUCAUUCCGUCCUGAGUCACAGCACGCUGCAAGCCUCCAAGACAUCUUGCGCUACUCUCUGUUCCAGACGGAGGCAGAGCUACUCUCAGAGCUCAAUGCCAUCAAUGCACACUAUUCCUCUGGCUCCACAGGAACACGAAUCAUCAUCUGGAACCUCCGCAAAGCAUUGACAGACAAAUCCGAGUUUGACUUUGAGGUAGACCGUUAUGACAUCCGGAUUCCAGCUGAUGUGUAUGAAAGUGAAAAGCAGACAUACAAGCAAUCCUGCCACACAUUGCAGUCAAGCCCAGAGAGUGACUUUUCCCUUAGGGCAUAUUGUAGCAUCCUGUACUUGAAGCCCAGAAUGCAGAUUAUCAUUCGUGGACAAAAAGUGAAAACCCAGCUGAUUUCUAAAAGCCUGGCACACGUUAUGAAGGAUAAAUACAAACCCAAAUUUCUUAAUAAAGAAAGCAUCUUAAUCACAUUUGGCUACAAUACCAAGAGCAAAGAACAUUACGGAGUCAUGAUGUACCACAAAAACAGGCUCAUCAAAGCCUAUGAGCGUGUCGGAUGUCAACACCGGGCAAAUAACAAAGGAGUGGGAGUCAUUGCAGUGAUUGAGUGCAACUUCCUCAAGCCAACACACAACAAGCGGGACUUUGACAACACAGAAGAGUACAGAAAAACUAUGCAAACUUUGGGUGUGAAGCUGGAAGAUUAUUGGAACGCUGUCCGCCAUAAAAAAGGUUUUAACAGCACAGUACCUGUGGAGGAUAUCCCGAAACGUCCUGAUCAGAACUGGGUUCAGUGUGAUGAUUGUCUGAAGUGGCGGAAACUCCCAGAUGGCAUUGACACCAGUAAGCUCCCUGAAAAAUGGUUCUGUCGACUGAAUCCAGACCCCCAGUACAGGCAAUGUGAAACCCCAGAGGAAGCCGAAGAUUCUGAAGAUGAAUCAUCAGCCUACCUGAAAACAUACAAACAGCAUGAAAGAAGCCUAAAAAAACAACAGGAACAGAAAAGAAUGCAGAUGGAAGAAACCAUGUUGAGGCAGAAACAGCAGAGAAAUGAAGCGUUGACUCAAGAGAAUCAAGUUCUGAGAAAACAACAGGAAGACCUUGUGCGUCAACUCCAGCAAUCAGCCCCUUCCUCACCUAUAGCAGACGAGAACCCCGUCAGUUCCAGGCCCCUCCCACAAUCAGCCUCUAGCACCUUGGACAGUAUGCCAGUCAUUUCAAAUGUAGUCUCCCUCUCCACUCCUAAAAGGACUAAGAGAAGUCUAGUACUGAAUCACAACCAAGCUGUAAAGAGAGCAAGAACAAGUAAUGGCUAUUAUAGCAACACACCAGACAGCCCAUCAACAUCCACAGCUGCGUCAGGUGCCUUAAACUCAAUGAUGGGGAUCCCUGACAAUAAUGGCCAUGUUAAUGAAAAGGAUGUAGAGGACAAUGACGAUGAUGACAUUGUUAUUGAUGAGACCAACAGCACACCUAGACCCCCCACCUUUGACCUCGCUAAGGUAAAGUCAGAAGGAAGGAAAAUUGAUGGUGUACUAGGAUUAUAUAUGGAGUGCAGUGAUCAAGCUUCCAUAGAAACACCUGCAACUGAAGGUACCAAAAAAGCAACAAUGGACACAUCAACUUCAAAUGGUCAAGCCAGCAUAACAACCCAGACAGAAUGUAGUGUGAUCGUAAAAGAGGAGGAAGAACUGCAGAGGAGAAAAGGAGAAGGGGAGAUCAGAGGAGAGGAGACGGAGAAUAAUGCAACAAGGAUGGAACAGAGUCCCACUGAGGUGGAAUGCAGGAAAGAUGAAGAUACAGACUUGGACGAGUUGAUCAGAGACUCUAUGGACAUUGAGAGAUGUCCUAGUGCAGAUAGACAGAGCAGGCCAAAAUCAGCUUUAGAAGACAAGGAAGAUAGCUCACUUUUCUCUGGUAUAGACAUAAACAAUAUCUCCACCCUGGAGGCCCAGAAACAGCAAGACAACCUUUUAGAUCUCCUGGAGACCACAGCCCAGGAGCGAGAUGCAUUCAAGGGCCACACUCAAUUUCUAACCCUUCAGCUGGAGCAGAAAGAAAGCAAAUUACUGGAACUCACAGUAAAGAAAGAGAAUGCUCAUCAAAGUACCCAGACUGAUCAAUUAGAGGAACGGGACUAUAAAACACUUUUUCUUAAAACUACAGAGCAGGUUGAAGUACUCAGAAGAGAAAGGGAUGAGCUGAAGCAGAAAGAAGAGCAGUUGCUACAGAUGAAAUCAGAGAAAGUAGCAGCCGACCAUGCAUUUUGUGGCAGUAUAAAAUCUCAGGGUGAGGGGCAGAGUCACGGUGUGGAUGAUGAAAUGGCUUUGCAAGUAGAUUUUCUCCUGAGAGAAUUGGAUCAACGCAACACAGAAUGUGAUGAAUUAAAAAGUAAGCUGAAUAACUUGGAGCAGGAGAGAGUUUGCUGCGAGCAGUUACAGAAAGAAAUUGAAGAACUGAGGAGAGAAAGAGAAGCGUGGAGGAAUAGAAAAGUAGAGAAUGGAAGUUGCAGCUCAGAGCAAGCUGCAAGCUAUCAGAAUCGGAUCACAGAGAGUAAAGAGACCGAGGAAAUACCAGUGGGAGGAGAGAACAUGGUAACGCUGUUAAAGUUAAGAGAGCUGAGAUUCAGUGUUGCACGUCUCUUGGUCACAUUUGUUCCCGCCCUGGACCCUGAACAGGUCAACUAUGACUGUGAUGUCAUAGAUGAGAUCCUUAACCAGGUUAUAGAGGAUAUUUCCCCCCAUAAGUCUACUUCCACUUAAAGACAUUUCCAUUUCAAGAUACCAAAGAGUUCAGCCUGUGUUCAUUUUUUGAUAAGGCAAAAUGUUCAUGUUGUAUUUUACUUCAAAUUACUAUUAAGAUAAGUUUUAUUUAAUGUUGUGAUAGUUACUAAACAACUUAAAAACAAUCAAUAUCUUCUGUGUAUGGAGACAAGAGUGUACUGCUGAGGCAGCUGUGAACACACUGACCCAGUUUAACACAAACGUCUUUUCUUAAUUUUUUCACUUUUUUUGCAAUGUUUAUAUAUUCAUUCAUGUUUUAUUCUUUUAUGUUUACUGAAUUUUAUUGGAAUUGAAAGUUCACAAAUAAGAUUCAAGUUCAGAUUUUAAAAAAAAUCAUAUACAUUUUACUAUCAAAAUACACGUUAAGCUGCAAUUACAUGUUAACAGUCCAUUUUUCAGUUUGCUAUUGUACAUAUUGCCUUUGUGUGUGGGGGGG